UACGGUAUACUGUGUAACCACUUAUCUCUAUAUAUAACUGGAUGGGCGACUCAUAUAGAAAAGUCGCUUCCUGUGUAGUAUUAAUUGAAACACUGGUCGCCAUAUUUAAUAUUCUCAGAUGUACACUCCUGUCAUUGUGUGCGCACGUCCGUGUGAUUCGCGAGUUAGUGUUGGUGUUGUUUUUCUCCUGAUAUGUAAACUGGUUAAAAAAAAUUUAUUGAUAUAUUAAUAUAAGUUUAAAAAAAAGUGAAAAUGGUUUUGGUGUGUGUAUAUUGUGGCAAAAAAGAUGCUAAAGGUGUUUCUUUUCACAUAUUCCCGAUACGUCCUGAACUUCGUCAAAUUUGGAUAAAAAAUAUGAAUUUAGAUGAAAAUUUUGAAUUAACAUCAACUAGCAGGUUAUGUGGCGAUCACUUUGAUGAAAAAUGUUUCUCAAAAGCAACAAAUGAUAAAGAAAGAAUUCUUUUAGAAAGCAUACCAACAAUUUUUGAAAGUUAUUAUUUGAAGUGUAUUUCUUGCAAUAACGUUAAAAAAAUAGGAUGCCACGUAAAUUUUCGCAAAUUUCCGUUCAAAAAUGAAAAACUUUUAAAAACUUGGAUAAAAAAUAUUGGAUUAGAGAAUUUUUAUCCCAAUGAGAGAAGUCUCAUUUGUCAUGAACAUUUUGAGAAUAAUUGUUUUUAUAAACGAAAUACAAGUGGACAAAUAUUAAAGUCCAAUGCUAUACCAACAUUAUUUUUCCCAGAUAUCUUAAAAGAUGCAAAUCAAAAUGAAAUGUCAGGAGUAUCCACAAAAAAACGGUCAGGUGUAUUUGAAAAUAUAGAAAAUGUUAAGCGUUUUAAAUCAAGAGAAGAUGCUGAAAUUAAUUUAAUAGAAGAUAACGCUAUUGGACAGAUUGAAAUGACAGGAGUUUUGUCUAAUAAACAUUCAUGUUCAUUAAAAAACAUACAAAAUGCGAAAUAUUUUAAAUCAGAUUUGCAAUCGUCAGUUGAAUCGACAUCAACCCCGAGUAAACAAAAGACUCCUGAGAGACCAACAACUCCGCAACAAAUAACAAGUCUCAAUCAUGACCAUCAUUAUCAUUCUAGUCCCAAAUGCUUAACAAGGAAAUACAAUGGAAUGCGACAAAAGUUAGAAAAGAGCAGAACAACAGCAAAAAAACAGAAGCAGAUUAUCAAGCGUCUUCGGAAGAAAGUCUCCACUCUCAGCGACAUCCUAUUUCAGGUAUCUCCUACCGCAAUUAAUAUUUUUAAAGAAGAUUUUUAGACAGA